UGAAAUAACCCACAGUUUGUUAGUAGCUCAGUAACUUUUGAAAGAAGAGGGUCAAAAUGCAACGCCUGUACAAAUGUAUUUUGAUAAUGUUGUGUUGUCUACUUCACGAAAUUCGCUCAAAUGAUAAUGAUGAAGUUGUUUCAUGCUCCACGAGCGAAAUCGAGGAUGGCGUUUGUGUUUCUCCGCAUCUCUGUAACGAUGGCUCUCUUAAUACGGAUGGUAAGGGGUUAGUGGAUUUGCGGUUCGGCGAUAUUUGUGAGGAUUAUUUGAAAAAGUGUUGUACAAAAAGAACGCGUUGCGCAGAUGACAACGGACUGUGCAUUCCUGAAGCCAACUGUGGAGUGAAUUUGAAUGAUGCUAAUUAUACACAGUUUAAACAAUACUCCAAUGACUGCAUUUCGAGUGAUUACAAAUGUUGCCCGCAUAAGUAUGUUGAUAAGAAAAAACCACCUGCAGCUGUGCUGCCAACUAAAGCGGAAGAUGGAUGUAAUACAGUCGGUGGUCGUUGUGUUCCGCAGAAUCAAUGUUCGUCAAAGAUGUCAAUCAAUAUUCGAAUAUCACCUUGCGAAUCUGAUGGUUAUGUAUGUUGUACCGUUGAAGAUUCUAAUACAAACGAUAUAUCAACCAGUGGGAAGGUAUGCGUCAAUGGUUUGGGUAAAUGUACACUCACAUCUAACUGUAACGGCACACAGAUAAAAGACUCGAAAAAUGAAUGUGAAGGUUUAGUCUGUUGCCAAAGUAUUGAACCUUAUUCGGCUGAAUCUGAGAUAACUAAAACUCCGCCAACUGAGAUUCCGCCAACUGAGAUGCCCGCAUCUUCAUCGACAUGUCCCGACAACGGAGGAAUAUGUCGUUCAGAGGAAAAUUGCGUUAGAAAAACAGAUGAACCAUUCGAAGAUUGUGAAGAAACGCAAGUUUGCUGUCUAGAGAAAAAACCAACUCCGGACUACGAAGCAAGAGCUUGUGGUUACCGCAAUAUGGGUGGUAUUCACUUUAGCAUUACUGGCGAUGAGGAUGGCGAAUCUCAAUAUGGCGAAUUUCCAUGGACUGUGGCAAUUUUUGACGACAUGAAAUUUGAGAAAAAAUUCAUAUGUGGUGGAGCUCUCAUUGACCCCGGCGUAGUUCUAACGACGGCUGAUUGUUUGAAAUCUUACAGAAACAAACCUGAGAAGCUGAUUGUUCGAGCUGGCGAAUGGGACAUGCGGUCAUUAAGUGAGCCUGAACCUUAUGAGGAACGUACGGUUCAACUAUUAAAAAUACAUCCUGACUUCAAACCAACCUCGUUGGUGAACAACAUUGGUCUUAUGUUUUUGACAGAUGGGUUCGAUUUCAAAAACACGAUAGAAUCUAUUUGUUUGCCGCCGGAAGACUUGGAAAUUGAUAACGGAUAUGUUACAGCUACAGGAUGGGGAGUAACGCCUACUAAUCGAAAUGACUCGCAAAAAAUCCUAAAAAAGCUUGAGUUAUCGUAUAAAGAACAUUUGGAGUGUGAACGCAUUUUGCGUAGUGUCUUAAGAAACUCCCAGUUUAGACUUCAUGAUAGUUUCCUGUGCGCCGGUGGAGAACCCAUGGUUGAUACCUGUCGAGGAGACGCAGGUUCGCCAGUUAUAUUUCCCGUUCCAGAUGAUUUCAAUGACAGAUACUAUCUCGUCGGGAUGGUCUCUUGGGGUAUUGGUUGCGGACGUCAAGGAGUGCCAGCGGCCUAUACCGCGGUUGCAAAAUUUAGAAACUGGAUUGAUGCACAGAUGGAGGAACAACAGCUUCGCGAUUCCUAUUAUUUUUAUCAAAAAGAAGAAGCAAAAUGAUGAUGAACUAAUAGUAAAAACUAUUGAAACAUA